GACUGGACUCAUCUGGCUCAGGAUAGGGAGCAGUGCAGGGCCCUUGCGAACAAGGAAAUGGGCCUCUGAGUUCCAUAAAAUGUUGGGAUAUUUUUGGGCUACUACUGGCUUCUAAAGAAGGAUUCAGUUCCAUGAAGAUGAGUGGUUUAGCACUGGUAAACUGUAUUGUGCUUUAGCAGAAAAAAAAAUCUGGUCUAAUUGACCAUUAAAAGUGACAGAGAAAAAAUGUGGCGAUUUGUUACACAUAACCAAAAUUGUGAAGUUAAAACUUCUUGAAUAGUGUACAGACCACUAUCAGUACCGCUUACUCCAUCUUUUAGUGCGCAUUGCACGGUAACUUAUAUUAGGUGUGACGAAGUUUCUGUAUCACUUGCCAGAUGGCAGGAGUAUGCAUAUUAGCAUCCUACGAUUUACAGCGCCAUAGUUAAUUUAUGAUGGCGGUUAAUCUGGGGAAAGCGAGGGAAAUGAUUCGUUAUUUUGAGAAGUGUAGUUGAUGAUGUAUGUGUUUGUAAUGUUCAGUUAUUUAAAAAUUUUAAUUAUUAUUUUAGCGUUAUAUUAACUACAGAAAGAAUCUUCAGAUUUCUGUGAAGUGAUGCCUAAGUCGUAUGUCACAUACAGAGCGCAUUAGGUUAAUGUUAGUAAAAUGGCAGAUGAAUUGUUUGUGCUGGCAGAACUUGACAGCCUUGACGCGAUAUUCACUCCACUGAAAUCAGCGCACAGAAUUAAAUACACCUCCUUCAGUGUGUCUCAGAACUUCCUCAUUUUUGGUGCAACAAGUGGAGCUCUGUAUGUUUUCCGACGUGAGCCAUGCAUUUUUCUUCAUCUUCUUCCAAAUAAGGAAGGUUCCGUAACGCAAGUGUCAGUUUCGCCAGAUGAGAAGUUCUUUGCUUUCUCCACUGUGAAGGGAGUGGUGUGCAUUUUGGAGAAGAGCCAGUCACUGAAAGUGCGCCGUAUCCAGAUGUCUCUCGAGCAUCACGGCUCAGAUAUCACAGCACUGCAGUGGAAUAUAUCUGGCAAUGAACUCUUUGUUGGAGACGAUUGUGGGAAAGUAUCGGUCGUCAGAGCAUCACCUUUUGGGGCAAAGAGCAUGUUCCAGACUCCAUCCUUCAUGCUAAUGCAGCUGGAUUCUCGUAUUGUUCAGUUAGACUGGUGCUCAGAGCUUCUAUUGGUGUCAACACUGUCUCGCUGUUACAUUUGUGAUUCUGUGAAGGAACAGUACCGCCAGAUUGGCCAGAAGCUGAGAGAGGGGGAGUAUGGGGCAUGUUUCUAUGCAGAUGACAGCCAUGAUUUACCAUCCAGAUGUGAGCAGCGGAGUUCUGCUGCCACGGGUGCCGUGUUCAGCUCGCUAAACGAAGACGAGAAGUUUGCGGGCUGUGAAGACAUGCAGAAUCUGAAGAUAUUCUGUGCAAGGCCUGGCUCACGCUUGUGGGAGGUGCAUGUUGAUGGUACAGUGCUUAGUACGCACCACUUCAAGCAGGCUUUUGCCGUGCCUCCUACCUGCAUUAUCAGACCUCGUAACACAAAGACUUCACAUCAAGAGGGCAGCGGCACAGGGGAGACUAGUCAGACUGAACCAUGGGGUCAGCAGUCAUUCAAUUUUAGAAAACUACAUGUGAUUGCUAAGAAAUUUUUAUUCACAUUCAGGAGGAAUGGGAUGUAUGCCCUUGAUCCUAGCAAGGGCAGUGUAGUAUUGUGGAAUAACAGUUUCACGGACAUUGUUGAUGCAAAGACACUGAAUGACACAAUAUAUGUGUGGACAGCAGCAGGAAACAUGCAUGCUCUAGUGAUGUUGCCAGUGGAUGGGUUUCUAGUCAGGCUGUACUUGCACAAGCAGUAUUCUCUUUGUGCCCAGAUCUGCCAACAGUAUAAUAAUUACCUAAUGGAGUUAGCUCCGACAUCUAGCAAACUUCACCUUCUGGCAGAUCUAGAAACUAAACUUGAAGAUGAAAAAGAAGCCAGAAAAAUUUCUCCUCUAUUGCAAGAGAUUGGAAAACAUAUGAAAGAGAAACAGAAUGCCCAGAGGCUGAAGUCUGGAAUAUUUCUUGUGGAAAAUGAGCAGUUCCAUUGGGGCAGGGUGGAAGAAGAUGAACAGAAAUCAUUAAAAUCAUAUCCAAAUGUUCACACGCUAAAUGUCAAUGGGCAGAAAGAGAAGUCACGUUCAUUAACUGCAUCGCCUGAAAAUAAUCGGAGGGAGAAAAGUGGGUCAAGCCUGCAGGCCCACAAGUCUGUCGGUAGCACAUCGCUGCCUGAACUUGCUGAUGUGGUCGUGUCUGCAGAUGAUGAUGUUCUGUUUCGCAAGAAAAUAUUUGCCAUGACAGUUCCUUAUGACAAUCAUCUGGUCUCUGAAACAAAUUCAGAAUUUAGGGCAUGCACUGAACAGAGUGAUUCAGAGAUGGCUUUCCCUCCAGAAGCUCUUCAGGCACUGAAAGAACUGAAGCAGAGUGUGUCCUGGAAGUCGCUGAAACAGAAGUGGCAAAUGUUGGAAAGUAAAAUGAAGCUUUUGAGUCAGGACACAAAUUGUGAACCACUGGACAUAAGACCACCUGACUACCAUGAAGGUAUUCUCGAGGAAGCACAGCCAUGUGAAAGUGUGGUGGACCUCGUACAUUCUUGCAGCGAUAAGCCGAGGCACAGAACUGCACAUUUUCCAGUACUUGAUACAUCAGAUGUUAUCAAUCUCUGUAACCAUUUUGUUACAUGUGAACAAAAUGGAAGUGAUACUUUUGAACUUAUAUGUAAAUUGCUGAAUGCUCUUAGUAACAUUUAUGAUCUCUUCGUCACAGGUUUAAUAAAGACCCAGUGUGGUGUGAGAGACGUAUUACAAAGUUCAGAUUUGAAAUCUGAUUUGAACAUAAUCACCAUGUUUCCUUUUGCUCACUACUUUGCUGAUGACAUUGUGAAAAUUAUUAGUGACAAAUUCCACCUUGCUCUGCAAACUGGCCACCUUGUUACCUGGCUGUAUGACAGAAUUAAAGAAGUACAACUUACAGAUCAAUUUCCAGACAAUUUUAAAGAUUUAUAUGCAGAAGAUAUUCUGAAAGUAGACAUUCUUUUAAGCAGAAUUCUUGUUACUUUCUCAGAGUUGUUUGAUCCUGUUCUAACACUGCAGUAUAUACAAACAUCACAAUUACACUGUUAUUAUCUGGCUUUAUGUGUAAUUCUUGAUAGAUAUGAAGAAGGCAACUUGUCUUAUGUAAGCGAUGGAGUAUCGGGACAUGCUGCAUGUGAUGAACUGCCCCCUCCACUGCUUCUGAGUACUAUAUUUUUUAUGCUGAAAAUGGAGCGUAUUGAGACAUGCUGUGAAUUGAGUGAGCGAGUGUCUGUUAAAGAUGUGUGGUACCUCGUAACGAGACUACAGGAGCACCUGGAAGGGAAUGCAAUGGAUAAGGAUGCAGCAAGGUUACACUGCUCUUCAUUAUUUCUUACUUAUUUGGAGAAGAUGCCAGCGAGUAGUGACUGUUUAUCGAAAGUAUUUGCUGAUAACCAGCUGCGGUUGUACGUCACUGCAGCAUUUGUGGAGCUGAAUUCAGUGAUGGGUGCGUCGUGUGUCUGUGGCUUUCCAUUGCUCAGACCUCAAUUGCUGCUCUUUCCGUGGCUGGCAGAAGUUAUGGUGUUGUAUCACUGGAAGAAUAACCGAGAAUGUCUCGCAGAGUUGUGUAAGAAAGUGCCGUCUUUAUGGCACUUCGUGUUACCUCACAAACGAAGCGAGGGCUUCAGUUCAGUUCUUCCACUUGUUAUCCAUCUAGGUGACACACUGGAGCUUGGCAGAUGGCUGCCUUGCUUGGAUCAUGCUGACUGGGUGAAAACACUUGAGCUUCUUACCACAUUCCAAGCUGGUACUUGUUUGAACUGUGGUUCCGUGUUCACAAUAUCUGGAGCUCAACCGAGAGGAGUAUUGUGGUCUUCUGUGGGGCUUUUAAUGGUGAAAUCGUUGGGUCCUCAUGUAGCAGUACAGCUCCUCACAAAAUAUGUUGGACACAUCAAACCAGGAGAGCUGGAUGCAAGGUUUUACCAGGCAUGCAUAUAUUCAACAAUACUUGACAAUCAUGCAGAAGGCCUCAGAGAUAAAGUAAUUGAUGUGCUUAGUGCCUGUAGCAAGAAAACAAGUGAACCUGCCCUGUUUUCACCAGUGGUUUACUCAGCUGUACAAGAGGCCCUGAGAGAAGACUUGGGCAAAUAUGUAGAGUUUCCAGUUGCUUCAGAGAAGCAUCAUUGGGGUGUGAAAGUCAACAUAGCGGAUGGAAGUUGUCCGUGGUGUGCACUGCCCCUUGGCUCUGCAGUCCUCAUGAAAGAUGGAGGUGUGACGACAUUUCGCUGUGGUCACUCGUAUCAUGAGGUGUGCCUCAGAAGACACACUCCGAGCCGCAUCUGUCCAAUCUGUACCAAGAACAGCUGAUUAACUGAAAACGUGCCUUCAGCGCUCUCUCUCAUUUGAGGCAAGAAUUAAGAAGGUUUGUUAUUUCUGAAUGUUCAAGAGUUCAGCCACUUGCAAGACACAGCAAAACCAUGGUGUUUCUGAGCAUGCCUGUAAUGAUUGCUGAGAUUAGCUCAUGCCAUUAUCUAUGUCUGUGCUCAUACCUUGGCCAAUCCCAGGGAGAGUUCAGAUACAAAACGUCCAUUUGAAGUACUGCACAGCUGCCCGAUUCUGAUUUCAAGUAGAAGUGUACUCUCAUCAACAAUUUAAUUGCCAUGGUGCCAGUGAAAUUUCUCCUUCAUUUCACCAUUUCCUGCCCUCAUGAGGAAGCCUCACAUCAUUAGCUUUUGUCCUUAGUUUUACAACACGGAGAAAAGUUUUACCUUGCUUCACGAAAACAAUAGUUUCUGAAGUAAAUGGCAAAUUUUAAUGAAAGUUUCAGCCCUUGUUUGCAGCAUUUUAACACAUGCGCAGAUGUCUGGAUCAUAGAGGUUUUCUUUUUACCCCCCCCCCCCCCAUAUGACUGCCUCUGUGGUCU